AUGGCGUCUGAUACAGGAUAUCGACUCAGGCGGGCCAAAUCCGCACCGUCUGUCCAGAAACGCCGUCAAGCUCCCCCGUUGCCGGAGCCCCUGGACCCCGAAGUUGCAAAGCGCCAUGCUAUGGCUGCUGCCUCUCAUGCAAUGGCACAAGCCCGGGAGAGAUCUUCCAACGGAUCCCGAAGUUCUGGCUCUGGCGACCAACCGGGAGGGGAUGAGAGGCCUGCCCACUUUUCCAUCCCUCAGCGACGCCGUCCUUCGAGCAUUCGGUUCACGGACGACGACCGUCCUGUCAGCCGCAUGUCCGUUACCAGUAUUUCCACACCACGUGUAGUUAACCGGAGCUCUGAGAAUGAUCCGACAGCCGAUUUGCCUUCGAUCCGCGAAUUCCAGGGUUUCGAAUGCGAAGAGUUCUCAGCUCCAUCGUCCUACCGGCGUCUCCGGAAGGCCCGGUCGAUGUUCUCAACAAGACAUCGUGGAAGUACUGUUGCACCAAAAUCACCGAAAGAAAUGAAUCCUGCAGAGUCCCAAACGAGUGAUUCAUAUAGGAGAGGCGAACAUAAUCGGGCCUUACGACACUCGAUAUCAUUCUUCCAUGGUAACGAUCCAUCCUCCCACCCUCUCCGACGCAUCAAAAGUCAGAACGCUGCAGUGAACCUUGCCCGUAGUCAAUUCCUCGAAGACCAGGAAAUGGGGAUGCAACAAGAACGACGUCCAUCCAUUCUGUCCAGGAGAUCUCGAUACGAGCAAAAGCCCUUCAGGAAGACGUUCAGAACAACGAGGGAGAUGAGCCCUGAUGAUGACGCGAGUCCCGCCGGAACGAGGUGGUCAAGUGGUACAGGACUUCAGAUGAAGGCGCGAGCCUUCUCUAUCACCAUUAAGAAACGUUUGAGGCGAGUGUUCGGGCGCUCUCAAUUCACUGAGGAGCAUCCUCCUGAACCGCAACCGCUUGCUUCUCCGUCAAACUUCGGUGAUUACGUUGCAAACAGGUGA